AUGCAAAAGAAUACAAGACAAGAAACAUAUAAAAUCGUUAAGACUCGCCCCCUUAAAAGGCAAGGCAAACUUAACUUUAGCAUCAAUUCAGGUGUUUUUACCUGCUCUGAAUGCGAAAAAGAGUUUGAAAAGCCUUGGCUACUGAAAAGACAUUCGAAGGUUCACCAUAUAAGUAAUCAAAUGGCAACCAAUACUGUACUCGAUGAACCCGAGCAGGCUGAAUUGAUAGUCGAGAACACUAUUUCGGAUGCUAAUGCAUUUGAUUACUUGAGUGAUGAAGAUGACUCCUCCAGUAUCGGGGAUGAAGAAGACAACAUUGUAGACAAGGAAAACGAUAUUGUCAAUAAUUUCUUUGAUAUUGAAAUGAACAGUAAUCCAGUUUUCAACGCGUUCUCUGACAUGUUUUCUUCAGCUGCUGCUGCUGAUGAGGUAUCAAUGACCGAUGAUGACUCUGAGAUCCCGGAAGAAGUCUUUGAGACAAUUGGUGCUGUAAAUGACCCUACAAGCUGUUAUCCUUUUCACAAUCUUCCAACCAUGAUCCUUUUCGCUUUUAUCGAUGGGGAUAAUGACAUGAUCUCCCAGCAAAUGUUGAAGAAGAUACUGCUUGCAAUGAACUUGAUCAUUAAGAUCCAGCAAGAAACUCCCAUAGGAAGAAUAUUUAAGUUACCUCGUUUGGAUGCUCUUUUAAAUUAUCAGGCAAGAAAGAAGUCCAAGAUGCCUGUCUUUCCUUCACAAAGAAUAUCAGUAUUUGGAUCAAACGGGAACACAUUUGCCCACAUUCACCUUCCGUCCGACCACUUGAGAUUUCUUAUGGCAAACCCAAAGAAAUCCAAGUUGAUCUCGUCCAUGCCCGAUCGUAUCCCAAACCAAUCGAUCUGUUUGGAACAAGGUGAAAAGUGGAGAACCCACCAUCUCUUUCAGCAGCCUAUGCACACUAUAAAUGGUAUAGAUGUCUGGUUUGGAAACAUUGUUUACUUGAAGACAAACGAUUGCAGCAUCCGCUUUUUGGUUGAAUCGUUCCACACGGCAAAUAAAAACAUUUUUGCGAGAGGGUAUCUGGUCAGAGCAAUUUCGAUUGUAUGCUAUGGCGUUGAGGUUGCUGUUACCGAUCUUAGAGUAGAGCAGAUCUCUCACGUUGACACCACUCCUGUUGAAAGAGAUCACUACUACAGUAUCUCAAGUAGCCUUACCAGAUUGAGUCCUGCUCAUGACUUUCUUCUUUUUGGAGUUCAUCCAAUGAAGAAGCCUAUGCCUCUUUCUGUUUUGCCCGGUAAUGUAGAUCGCGACGCAGUGUUUUACAAAGUUAGGAUUGUUUCAAUCAUCCUUUUUACAGACAACACUUCCAGCAAUCGUUCAAAGCAGUACAAUCCGUUUGAAAGCUGGUUAAUGAGAUGCGCUGCCUUGCCUUUUAAGGAUCGAAAUUUGAUAGCAAACAUCCAGUUUCUUUCUACAAUCCCUAAGAAAGAUGGUGCAAAUGGUAUGUCUCUUCUGCCAGCAAUCGUUGAUGACUUUAAGAAACUUGAGAAAGGUGUAAAAAUGUUCUCCGCUGAAGACAAUGAAAGAUGCUACAUCGAACUUAGACGUGCAAAAGACUUUGUGAAGGACUUGUCUUACUUCUACACUGAGAUCCCAAAUGCUCCGAAAAUUGGAAUGAACAUGCCUGCAAACGAGAUAAGCUUUAGAGGUUGUUCGAUUGACCGCUUAUUAGAAUUGCAGUCGUUUGAUCCAGAAAAGGAUACACCAGUGGAAAUCCUCCACACAAUACUUCUUGGUGUUGCAAAGUAUAUGGUAAUUGACUUGGUUAAAGUCGUGCUUAAGAAUGACACAGCCACAAUAGCAAGACUUUCAGAAUUCUUGACAGAUUAUACGCGAUCAACUGGUCUAUCAAAAAAGUUCACCCAAAACUUGAGACAUAGUGGUUCAUUCCUCGGUAGAGAUUUCAAGGUUCUGCUUCAAAUACUUCCUGUAAUUCUGAUUACAGAAUUCUCUGGAAAUCAUGAGCUAGACCUUGUAAUACCAUGCUUUAUUGAACUUGGCCAAUUGUGUUCUCUGGUAUUUGUUUGUCAGGUGGCAUCAGACUUUGAUAACUAUAUUAUCAGAGUAGAUAAUGCAGUGAAGUGCUUGAUCAGAGCAUUAUUUGACUACAAUAAAGGAACCAAGAACGAGCUCCACAAGGCAUAUUGCACCAAGCCGAAAGUUCAUUACUUGACACAUCUCAAGGAAGAUAUAAUUCGUUUUGGCCCAGCCCUCAAUUAUGAAACAGAAAAGGGCGAACAGUUCAAUAAGCACAUUUGUGAACAUCUGUUUCAUACGAAUUGCCAAAACACUUCCAGGGAUGUUUGCCUAAAGUUUGCAAAGCAGGUAGCAUUGCAACAUGUAAUUGACGGCGGGUCGUGGAUUAAUAGCUCUGGCAACCGAGAGAUGUCUGGAACUGGAAUAGAGAGGUUCAUUAAGGACAACAAUGAAUCUUUGUUCUAUUACACCUUCCUUGGUGGCUCGAGAGAGCUAAAGGACAACAACGACACUGGAGAUAUUGAAGAUGACGCCAUCCAAAACAAUAGUUUUGGCGCAUUUGUUUUUAAAGAUGAUCCAAUCUCUCGCCCUCGUAUAGGACUUGUCUCAGGCUCUGUUGUUAAGUUUCUUAGCAUUGUUCCUCGUACGGAUAAUGACAGAAACAAUAACUAUGCCAAGGCUGUAAUGACAGGUGAGCAUUCUGAUGUUGCUAACAUGAAUCUCGUUUGUAAGUUAGAUUUGCACAUUUUCCGCAACCCAUUUUACAUUGUAAAUUUGAGCAAGUUUGGUUCCUACUGGUUCAUUUUCAAUAAUAUUCUUUUUGAUGAAUAA